AUGCACAACAUCGCAAACAUCCGCAUACAUCCGCAAGUAUUUUUUUUGAGCUUCAAAAGUCCAGAACUCUGCGCGUUAAACGCUCAGAUGGCUUGGGGCAAUGCGUUGCUCGUGGUCUUGCUUUCUGCUUUACCACAGAUUGCGGCUGGUAACGGCUGCACAGCAACGCAGAUUCAGAAUGACUUGCUCCCCAACCAUGCCACACCAUCCAGUUGCUGGACCGUCAUUGUGGUGAACCGUCAGAAGGUCGUCUACGAUGUGACAAAGCUGGUGUCCAACCAUGAAGGAGGGCGGAGGGUCAUUGAGCAAAUGUGUGGACGCGACGGAAGCAUCGGGUUUUGGUGUUGGCACACCUUGGAGGACUUGCAAGAGUCGAUCGAUGAUGGAGAUGCAACGGAAAUUUGCCGAACUUCUGCAAGUGUUCGACGUCUUGAUGCUCGUGAAGAUGCAAGUGGUCGACGUCUUGAUGAUGACGAAUGGGAUGAAGAAGAUGAAGAUGACGAUGAAGGUAUUCGAAACUCUUGUGCAGCAGGUGGUUCACUUCCUCCAGCUCCAGCCACACAGAUUCUCGCCAGUGAAGUAGCAAAUCACAAGAGUUCAGGUGAUUGCUGGACAAGCAUGACUCAAGGGACAACAAAUGUUGUUAUGGAUAUCACCAACUACAUGACGCUACAUCCGGGUGGAAAAGCCUACAUUCUGUCGAUGUGUGGACGGGAUUCCACUGCCGCAUUCCAAGUGUACCAUCCCUGGACCUAUGUUACAGAAGCCGUGAGACAUGGCUACGUUUCAAUGAAGGGUCAACUUUCGGGAACAUAUCCUGUGAUCACCACAACCACAGUAACACUUGCACCUGGGGUAACAACGACAACUGGUCCUACCUCUUCUCCGCAGACAAAAAUCACCGCAACAGUCCUCGGGCAGCAUGCGAGCACUUCAAGUUGUUGGGGCCGCAUUGGCUCCUGGGUGGUGGACAUGACGCAGCUGCUAUCAACGCACCCUGCCGGCAACUCUAUGCUGACUUGCGGGCAGGAUGUCACGGCAUCCUUCCGCAGCAUUCAUGCAGACUCGUACAUCUCCCGCAUGCCUGUCAUGGGCACUUGGGAUGACACAGUGAUUAGAAGGCCAACCCCAACACCAUCGCCAUCACCUGCAACAACGACCGCUCCAACCCCAGCGGCCCCAGCUCCGAGUCCACCACAGAUUGUUGGUGGCCAAACAUCCAUUUUGAACCCUCAGGUGCCGAGCGAGUCCAACGAGAUGAUUUCAAGCACAGAUGUCGCUGGACAUAACACGAAAGCAGAUUGCUGGCUAGCUCUACGCUGCAAGGUAUAUGACAUGACUGCAUACGUUCCUUUGCACACUGCCGACAAAUAUGCUUCGGCAGGAAACGGUGCUAUUGAGAGACUUUGCGGGUCCGAUGCAACAGCUGCAUUUGAAGCAGUGCAUCCAAUAUCCUAUAUCGAUGUGUCUGUGAGCCUGGGGGCAAUCUACCAGGGUUUGCUGGCAGGCUGUGGCGCUCCUCCGGCCACUGCCUCAACUACCCAGCCUCCCACCACAACCGCAGCAGCGACGACUGCGCCACCAAGUCCAGCACCUUCUCCAGAAAUGGUCCCAGUGAAUGCUACUCUAUGGUAUGAAUUGCGCUUCCCCAACUUGGUCGCUGCUACACAAAACUUGGGCAGCGUUCAAACAGAGACGUCUUUGUCGGUGGCUGUCGCAAAUACAAUGGCUCAACAAGGGCUAAGCAACGUGAGAUGCAUCGUUUCCAACCUUAGAUCUGGAAGUAUUUUGGCAACAGUUGGCCUCUUCAUGAAAGAUGUUGGCCAGCUUGAACAUGUCCAGUUCUUUGGAAGGAAUCAUAUGACAAAAGUGAGUUGGCUGGGUGACUCUCCUACAGUGCAAGGAACCCCAACGCUUGACGUCGCCUAUGCCACCUCCCCCACUCCCACCCAAGCCUCCACUGCCACAACUUCCUCAUUGCCAGUCUAUACGAUCGACCAGGUACGAGAUCAUAACAGCAAUGUGGAUUGCUGGAUGGCUAUACAUGGGAAGGUCUAUUCUUUUAUGGGUGCAGGAGGAGCACACCCUGCGGGGAAUUUCCUGUCUUUGGGAAUUUGCGGAGUUGAGGCAUCUGCAACAUUUGAUUUGCAUCAUCCGUUGUCCUACCUAAGUGUCUCAGCUCUGAAGAAGAUUGGUGGCGCACAAGUUGGGACUCUUUCCUCUGCUUCCGCAGAGGAUGCUGGGCGCACAUAUCCCCGUCCCUCGCCUGUGCAAGUCCUACCAAACAUUGUGGUCACAUUGAACGGUGGCUCCACCGACUUUCUGCAAAAACACAACCUUGGACAAGAUUGUUGGAUGGCACUGCAUGGUGACGUUUAUGAUGCAACCAGCAUGCUGUCACAGCAUGAUGGAGGCCGUGCCAAUGUUGAGGCUUUGUGUGGCUUGGACGCCACAGCUUCCUUUGAUUGUGUUCAUGGCAUGGGAGAAAUCCAAGAAGCAGUGAACGACUAUGGAAUCAGCAAAGUUGGCACUACCACCACAGUGCUUGGGCAAGGUUGCACUUUCCAACUUCAAGCAGGAAUGUUACCAGAUCAGCAGAUAACCUGGGAGGAAUUGGCCAAGCAUUCAACCACUCAAGACUGCUGGGUCAUCCUGGGAUCCCAGGGGAUCGUAUGGGAUAUCACUGCUUACUUGCCGAAGCACACAGGGGGGUCGGCAAGUGUUGGAAUGCAUUGUGGUGGUGACGCAACAAGCCCUUUCGACAAGAAGCACAAAGCGGGCUACAUCACAACCAUGGCUCAAAAGGGUGGCAUCCCUCAAGGUACAAUCAGUGGCCCACAACCAGCAUUGGACUCAGGUACUGUGCAUCUCACACCUUUGCAAAUGAGCGAGGUCGCAAAGCACAGCAUAGCAGCCGAUUGCUGGGUGGCAGUUCACGGCUAUGUCUUGGACGUCACAGG